CAGACACAUACAGUUCACACUACUUUGCUGCUGCUCCACCUUAGAGUACAGUUAUUACUGAUGCACUGUUUCACAGACAGUCUGUGAGAAGUGCUUUGAGGUUAUAGGUGACCACCAAGAUGGAAUCGUCUGCAACAACAGAGGAGUACGAUUACGACUCAACCAAUGGAAGCCUGUGCAACACCAUUGAUAUAAAUGAGUUCUCCAGAAGUUUUCUACCACCCUUCUACUGCAUCAUCUUUGUUGUUAGCAUACUCGGCAAUGGAGCAGUCCUGCUCAUCAUGUACAAGUUCGAAAAGCUCAACACGGUCACAAAUAUAUUUCUCGUCAACCUGGUGGCAUCCAACAUUAUUUUUACCUUCACGCUACCAUUUCAAGCUGUCUACCAUUCCCGCGAGUGGAUCUUUGGCGAGCCUCUUUGCAAGUUGGUGAAUAGUGCUUAUUAUAUCGGCUUCUAUAGCUCCAUCCUCUUCCUCACCCUCAUGACGUUUGAUCGCUACCUGGCUGUGGUCCACUGUGUGGUGGCUAACAAACAGCGCAGAAGCUGCUAUGCUGUUACGCUGUCUAUAAUCGUCUGGAGUGUUAGUCUCAUCGCUAGCCUUGAUCCCUUCUUCCAUUUCUCUGUAAAAGAGUACCAAAUAGACGGACUUUUGUGUGAAGAUUUCAGUGAGCCUCAAUGGAAGGUCUUUAGCCUCUACAAGCAAUUUAUUUUCUUUUUUAUCUUUCCAUUGGCUGUAUUUGUUUACUGCUACUUCAGGAUAAUAUUAACAGUCAUGUCCACUCGAAUGGUAAGGAAAUACAGGACAGUGAGACUAAUUUUCAUAAUUGUCCUCAUGUUUUUUGCAUGCUGGAGCCCUUAUAAUAUUAUACUCAUGAUAAAUGAGAACAAAGACCCAAACCCAUGUGAUGACAGUCUUGAUGAUUAUGCUAUCCGCAUCACUAAUAACAUUGCCCGAUUAUACUUCUGUAUUAACACUGUUUUCUACACCUUCCUGGGAAGAAAGUUCCAGAAUCAUGUACGAAGACUGUUAGUGGAUCAAGUUCCAUGUUUAAUGAACUAUAUCACUGUCAGCGCAAGCAGCAGGUCGUUAGCGUAAAGAAGCUUGACAAUUAUAAAUGAGAGGGUGAGAAUGACUGUACAGAGUGUUGUGGUUUCAUAGUGCCUUUAAAGUAAAAGUACAUACGGUAGUACUGUACAUGAAAAGGCAAAAUAGUUAUACAGUAUGACAAACUAGAUAUACAGUAGUGUUGUUAAUUAUAGAGAAAUUUGUGAAUGUUGUUGCCUGGUGUUUAUUAGAUAAUGUUGAUAAAUGCUCAUAUUUAAAACCAGGGUGAUCUCAUUUGUAUUUAUAAGUAUUCGUACAUAAUGUGCAUUUGUACAUUUUAAAUGUAUUUACAAGUUUAGAGACACAAAUGUUUACAUAUUCUCUGAAGACUUGUCGGAACUCUGAAAUCUUUGCAAUGGCACCACCACAGGUGACAUAGGGUUACCAACUGUCCAGUAUUAUCCAGGAUGUCCCAUAUUUUGGCUGGAAUUUAGAUGUCCCCUAUUUUCAUACCAAGACGCUCAAGGGGGAACCAGUUUGGAUGGUGAAAUAUUGCGUAUUGAAGGAACUGUGUCCCAUACCGAAGCAACAAAAUGUUCAAGGGGGGACAGCCGAAAGGCUGAUGUUUCCUGUAUUUAUGUGACAAAAAGUUAGCGACCCUAGUUGACAAGGAACCUCAUAUAUCAGUAAAUGAUGGAGAAACUUUGUUUGAGAAAGAACCUUUUAAUGCCAAAUUAGUUUACAGAUUAAAUUUAGAUGCAGCUUAUAAAAGUUGUCAUUUGCACUCAAUGUAUUAAACAAAAAUCUCACGUAUUAUAAAUACAAUAGAAUUUACAUAUGAAUUCCAUUAAUUCAAUAUUCUAUGAACCUCAAAGGAUUCGUAAACAUUAGUGCUUCUCUAAAGUUGUAAUAAGUGAAAUAAUAAUGUUUAAGAAGCUUUCCAUACAUUGAUAUCAGUGUCAAUCCAGUGUAAAAAAGUAUGCAAAAGUAUACAAAUACCUAUGAAUACAAAUGAUCAUGUUGUAUGCAAAAUAUACAGUAUGCAAGCAAUUGUAGUGCAAAUAUAAUGAGUUUUAUUGAUGCUAUGUGAUGCAUUUGCUUUGAAUCUGUCUGUCAAUGGACAAAAAGGAACAAAAAUGUAAGAAAACUAACUAAAACAGAAAAUGUUUUGAGUUUUCCAGUCUACAUGUGUAUUUCAUGAGUAAAUGGGUGGAAGGAAGUGGGCUGAAUUAAUAUUAAAUAAUGUCAGCCCAUCUUUCAUAUUAUUAUUGAGCAAUAUCUUUCAAUUCCUGAUAAUGCAUUGCUACACAGCUUGCUCUUGCACAAAUGAACGCCUCCUUCCUUUAUGUUUUUAAUUUUGACCCUUUAGAAUUUAACGUAUGAUCAUUGCUACAAACUGAUUAAAGUAAAUCAUCCUCUUUAAUGUACAUUUUGUCAUUGUAUGUUCAUGUAAGGUCAGCUGCUUUUAGAGAUAAUGUGUUCCAUUUGAAAGCAUUAUAAUAAAUUCCUUUUUACAAUUCA